CUAGGGAGCUGUCAAGAACCUCACCCGCAGCAAGUUUAUCUUCAGAUAUUUUAUUUUCAUCAUGCUAUUUAUGUCUUAUGUCUCCAUAUACGCACAUGUAAAACCAUCUUUAAAAGCUUUUCACUGAUUUAACGGAUUAUCUAUUGAAAAGAUCCCAGAGUUCUCUGCUGUGUUCCCUCUCACCAUGGCGACAGUAGUGAUGGAGCAAAUUGGUCGUUUGUUCAUCAAUGUCCAGCAGCUUCGCCAGAUUCCCCAGUUCCUGGAGUCUGCAUUUCCAAAGCUGCCCUGCACCGUGACUGUCAAUGAUGUACCCUGGGUAUUCAAAGAACCCCACAUAUUCACAGGCUACCGGUUGCCUGACCAGAGCUGGCGCUACUACUUCCUCACGCUCUUCCAGAGGCACAAUGAGACAGUCAAUGUGUGGACUCACCUGCUGGCUUCACUGAUUAUCCUUGUCAAAUUCCGUGAAGUGUCGGAAACAGUGGACUUCUUGCGAGACCCCCACGCCCAGCCACUCUUCAUUGUGCUUUUGGCAGCGUUCACCUACCUGGUCUGCAGUGUGCUGGCCCACCUGCUCUCAGCCAAGUCUGAGCUCUCCCACUACACCUUCUACUUUCUGGACUACGUGGGCGUGGCUGUCUACCAGUACGGCAGUGCCCUGGCCCACUUCUACUAUGUGGUUGAGGAGGAGUGGCAUACUCGAGUCCAAGGGCUCUUCCUGCCGGCUGCUGCCUUCCUGGCUUGGCUGUCCUGUGCGGGGUGCUGCUAUGGCAAGUACGUGAGUCAGCGCCUGCCUAGAUACACGCACAAGUUCUUCCAGGUUGUGCCCUCAGGCUUGGCCUACUGCUUAGACAUCAGCCCAGUGGUGCAUCGCAUUUAUCAGUGUUACAGCUCUCCUCAGAGCUGCAUCGACCAAGCCGUGACCUACCACUGCUACCAGAUCCUGUUCUUCUUGGUGAGUGCCUACUUCUUUGCAUACCCACACCCGGAGUGCUGGUUCCCUGGGCGGUGUGACUUCAUUGGUCAAGGCCACCAGAUAUUCCAUGUGUUCCUGGUGCUGUGCACACUCGUGCAGAUCGAGGCUGUGCGCCUUGACUACAGUGAGCGGCGGCCCCUGUAUGAACGUCUCCAUGGCGACUUGGCUCAUGAUGCCGUUGCUCUCUUCAUCUUCACGGCGUGCUGCAGCGCUCUGACCGCGUUCUACAUGCGCAAGCGAGUUAAAGCCUAUCUAGAAGAAAAGCAGGAAUAGCUGUCUUGAGGAGGCAAGGAUUGAGGAAAAGGCACCAUAACCUCACUGGCCCUGAAGGAAAAGAUCACACUGGUAUACUAAAGACACAGAAUGUUAUGGACAAACUGCUGUUAAAUUGUGUCUUGUGGAUAUGAAUGUGGGGAGUUGUUUGUUUUGUUCUUUGUUCCAUAUCCUGCCAUAAUGUAUUUUCAGUCAGCAACAUAGUGUUUAUAUCUACACUGCACUUCUACCUUAAAACUCUCAAAUUAAGAAAAAACCUGGAAGUGAGUAAGGAGGUUUUGUUCUGAUAUCUGCUCAUGUUUUGCUCUAAAGGGGUCAGUGAGAAGCCUUUCGCACCUAGCAUAAAUAUGCGGUUAAUUUUGUGGGAUAAAAGUCACUGCAAAUGGGAUUACGAAGAGAUGUAAAGAGAAUCUUUGUGUAACACUAACUGACUAUGUUUAUGUAGCAGUAGUGAGAAUUGAGAUUUUUUUAAAGUUGGACCCAAACAAGUGGUGCUUUAAAGUUAGGCAGUUAGAGUAUGGUUGCUAGAAGAGAUACUUGAAGGCAGCUUUUUCAUUCAUCAGGACCAAUAGCCAAUUCUGUAUUGUAUAUUUGGGCAGAAAAAAUCAAAAGCAGUCAUUCCACUUCAGUUGCAUCAUGCGUGAGCUGAAAAACACAAAAGAGGACUAUGCUGAUUGGUGUCAUGCCCUUAGUUACACUGUUUUUCAUGAGUUAAAACAGUGAACUGCAAUUACUGAGUGUUUUGUUUGCCUCCAACAUUGUUGUCCCAUGUUGGUUUAAAUUAGUUUGCCUACUUUUUUCAGAUGGUACAUUUGCCAAAAUGUUUUAGGCUUAUGAUUUUUUUUUUACUACAUCAUGGUCCUGUAAGGCAGGUCGAUUUUACUAAUGUAUUUGUCCCACAUUAAACAUUUGAAGGAUCCUUUCAUUUGUUUAUGUUGUUAAAAGGGGCCUUGAAAAGUCAUUGCAUUUUAUGCUUUUUUGUAAAGAAAUCAUUCUUAAAAGUUAAAUUUCAUCCAUUGUUGAGUAAAUUAAUUGAUUUUAGGCCUAUAUAUAAUUUGAGAUCUUUAUUAUUAACAUUUUGCCAAAGAGGCUUCAAAUGAAUUGAAGACAAAUUAAUGAUGUGCCCUUGUUAAUUUAAAUGUCUGUCUUUGUUAUCAGGAUGCUCCUUUUGUACCCAAAGGGCUACAUUGUCAGCGUUUGCCUUUACAUACUUCAUGAUGUCAAUGCCUUUGUGCAUAUUGCCCACUGCUUGAUGUUUCUAGUAGUUAAAAAAUGUUGGAAUGUGUGUUCUGAUGUACCUGAGUACAUGCAUGCAUUCAUGGGCAAGUGUAGGUGUGGUGAGUGUGUAUGGUAUGUAUGGUGUAAGUAUUCCACUUAGUUCCUCGUGAUAAGAAAUAUGACAUUUUUUUGGUCCAACACUCACACAUACUUUAAUUACAUGUUCAUGUUAUUCAGAAUUCUGCAUGGCCAUCAAAUUGAAAAUGGCGCAUGCUUCUCAGUUCUCUGUUGUGAUAGAUAAUCUGCCACCAGAUCAUGGGCCAGUUUCCCAAAAACUUUAUUUUAGUGCAGACAUCACUGCACGAUAGUAGAAAAGCACUUUUGGAACAAUCUACUUAAUUGGGGAUCUUGAUACUUAAUUGCUUUUUGGAGACCGCACAGUGCGGUUUUGGAAGAUGGCAGUGUUUUGUGUACUGUAAUUGCACCAGCAGAGUAUGAUGGAUAUGAUGUCAGUGAUAGAUGCACUCACAGACUGUUGACAUAAUAGAGUAGGGUCUCAGUCUGAUGAAGUGACUGAUGGAUGAACUGAUGAUGAUGAUGAUUUCUAUGGCAAGAAUUGUGUCAUAAAAUGAUGUCAAUGUCAGCAAUUUCUUUGUAAAGGCCCCAAAGAUAAAGAUUAUUAAGCAGUGACCAAGUAUAUUACUUAUGGGGCUAAUAUGUAAGUAUUAAGUAUUAAGUGCCACAAGAAAUCUGAUGAGCAGUAAGUGCUCAUUAGCAGACCUGCAGCCUAUUCAGCACCAUUUGAUGCAGCUAAUUUACCCUGUGUGAGAGAGAAUGAGAGAGACUUUAAUGCUUAUUAAAAGCAUUGGUGCACAUGCUGAGGGAAGGCAAAGAGCUGACUUGAUGUCAUUGAGGAAACAGCAAAAGAGGAGGUGAGCCCAAGACAUAACCAAGCUUGGACUUACUGCCUGUCUGCACUUAGGCUGCAGUUGAAAUGGACAACCCCACUAAACCUCAUGACUGACUCUGUUAAACUGUGGACCUAGUUUAUAAUUUCAACAGGAAUAAGUACUUGGCCCCUGAUCUCUGAUUCAGCAAAGGGAUCUAAACCGGUUUUCACAUACUUGUGCUUUAAACAUUGUCAUGAUGGUUGGGGUUUUGUGGGCUCUGGUAAGAUCGUGGCAAGACAUUAAUCAUGGGAAGAGUUCAUUUAUUGUUUCCCCUGAGCUAGCAGUGGUGGGACCCUCCUGGUGCUCAGUGGUCUUAAUGCUGAGCUCUCACAUGCUGACUUGGGCUAACACUCUUUAAUACAUGUCCUAAUGUGGAGUUAGGCAAAGAUCAAGAAUGUAUAUUAUCUACUUUAAAAGUUAAAACAAUGUAUAAAACAUACUUAUGUUGAUGUAAUGUGGAGUUUCAAUAAAACAACAUGCUAUUG